AGAACUGAGUAUGUCAUACUAGAUCGGACGUGGCCGAUUAAGACAAAGAAGAAGAAGAAGAAGAAGAAGAAGAAGAAGAAGAGUAUGUCAUAUAGCGAGAAAUAUAUUAAAGACAAAGUGACUGAAGGAUUGAAAGCUUCACACGUGGAGGUAAUAGAUGAAUCUGACGGUUGCGGUGCCAAAUUCUCGGUAGUCGUUGUCUCUAAUCUAUUCCAAGGAAAGCCCACUCUGCAACGUCACAGGCUUGUAUAUGGAGUCUUAGAAGAAGAAUUGAAAGCAAUUCAUGCUAUUUCAGUAACAACAUUAACACCAGAACAAUGGGAAAAUACGAGAACUUGAAUCUUAUUAAAUUUCUUUUGUAUAGAUAGAAAAUUGAUAACAGUUACUUUUGUCACAACUGUUUUGUGAGUGUUAGCCGUUUCUAACAAUUUAUAUAACAAAAGAAUAUAAUGCGAAUAUUAUCCAAGUGA